GCCACUUGUGUCAGCAAAGUUCCAGCAGUAACCAACGUUGUGAGAGAUGUCUCCCCUUUGGAAGGGGGUUGCUUCCUCUGCAGGUCUACUCAGAGGCAACAAGAUGCUGGUUUUACAGAGAGCUUACAUUUACAGCAAGCCUCCCAAAGACAAGAUUGGUCCUGCUCAGACUCUGUUCACAAUAUCAGUCUUUGCCGUGACGCUGCUCACCCCUGCUGGCUGGAUCCUGCACCAUCUCCCUGAGUACCGCAAGAGAUGAUGGUGGUUCUUCAGCAACCCACCUAGGAGGAGUCGUUCAUCUCAAAUGCCAUGUCAUGCAAAUGUGCAGUAUGGGUGUUUGUAACAUGCCACCUCUUUAUCUUUGAACAAUAAAUCAUUUAUGUGGAUAGAAGUGAUUUUUCUUAAUACAGUCACUGUUCAGGAACAUAUAUGACAAUACAAUAACCAAAGCAAACAAAACCUUUAUUGGCUUUUUAUUACUGUAUUAUGUUUACUAUAUUAAAAGCAACA